ACAAGCGGUCGGUCAAAAGGUACGUACGUAAUCCGGUCAAGAAGUACGUACGUAACUUUAUGGAAAUUCGUAUAAAUACUCGCUCCCCUGCCAAAUCUGUAUCCAGCAACGGAAACAUCUCCAAUCCGACGAACAAAACCAAGACAUAUUUUCAAGAAAUAUUUACUCCUCUGUUCAAGCAACCAUGAAUUUCGGGAAAGCUUUUCUUCUGGGGAUUGCCAUCAUGGGAAUUGUUGCCUGUUUAGCAACUGGGGGAUCGGGUAUCCCAGUACCCGACCCUGACGACGCGGAGGUACUACUUCAACCAAGGGAGGAGGAUUUUUAUACGAAAUCUCAAUCUGAGUUGGAUCCUGUUCAGGGAAGUCUUAGCGACAAAGGUGAGGACGACGACACCGAUUUAACCUUGUCGUUGCCACAGGAAGAAGUGGAGAAAAGUGACCAAGUUGAGGAUGGAGUGGAAGCCGCAACGGCGCCCAAACUGCGAGUGAAACGAAAGGGAGGAAAAGGAGGUGGUGGGAAAGGGGGAGGCAGAGGUGGGCGCGGACGAGGGCGCGGAGGAUUUAGAGGUCGUGGGGGGUUCAGGGGACGAGGGUUUGGAAAUUAUGGACGCGGAUAUGGGCGUGGUUACGGCUAUGGACGUGGGCGUGGCUAUGGGUAUGGGCGUGGCUACGGGUAUGGGCGUGGCUAUGGAUAUGGACGAGGCAAUUAUUAUGGAUAAAGAAAACCGGCUUUGAUGGACGAACGCGUUGGAUGCUAUCCAAAGUGAUUUCUUCAAAAUUAAAUGAACAGUUUAGAUUUUUUUUAUUUUUGGGUUGUAACUUUUUUGAAAAAUAAACAAUGAGACUUAAAAUCA